CAACAAAGUGACCGCGGCGGCGGCAGCAGCUCCGGAGCAGCCUGAGUACCGGACGCCGACAUGAGCCCCUUGGUGCCGCCGUCGGGCCGCGCUGCUGCGGGCUGAGCCCGGGCGCGGGAGACGCCCCGGAGGAGCACCGCUCCCAGAGGCAGGGGCACCGAGAGCCCAGGACCCCCAGUCACCCCCGGGGUGCCCGGGACAGCGGCCGCCGCGAUGUCGGCGCAGAGCCUGCUGAGCAGCGUCUUCUCCUGCUCCUCCCCGGCCGCCGCCGCCCCCGCCGCCGCCAAGAGCCUCUCCAAGCGGAGGCUCCGCCAGACGCGCAGCCUCGACCCCGCCAUCAUCGGCGGCGGACGGGAGGACAGCGAGGGCGCGGGCCGGGCGCCGCGGCCGCGAGCAGCCGGCAGCCCCCUGGGGGACCGUCGCAGCCCCCGGGGCCCGCCGCCUGCCCCCGGCGCCUCCUUCUCCACCCCCAGCACCCCACUGGAGCGGUCGCCACCGGGCAGCGUCCUCUUCGACGAAGAGAGCCCCCGAGGGAAGCGGAGUCCCGGCUGCGAGCUGCCCUUUCUGGCGCGCACCCCGUCGGCCUCAGCGCUGAUCGGACCUGCCAACAGCAUCUUCUCGUCGCCCCGGCGCUGGCUGCAGCAGAGGAAGGGGCAGCCCUCGCCGCCCGGACCUCGCCCCACCGCCUACGUCGUGUGGAAAUCCGAGGGUGAUUUCACUUGGAACAGCAUGUCAGGGCGCAGUGUUCGGCUGAAGUCAGUUCCCGUUCAAAGCCUCUCAGAGCUGGAGCGUGCUCGGCUGCAGGAAGUGGCUUUUUAUCAGUUGCAGCAGGACUGUGACCUGGGCUGUCAGAUUACUAUCCCCAAAGAUGGACAAAAGAGGAAGAAAUCAUUAAGAAAGAAACUGGACUCAUUAGGAAAGGAGAAGAACAGAGACAAAGAAUUUGUUCCCCAGGCUUUUGGAAUGCCCUUGUCCCAAGUGAUUGCUAAUGACCGGGCCUACAAGCUCAAGCAAGACUCUCAGAAGGAAGAGCAAAAAGAUGUUUCAGAUUUUGUGGCCUUUCUCUUGCCGUUUGGAACUAAAAGGCAGAACAAAGAACUUUCAAGCAGUAACUCAUCUCUUAGCUCAACCUCAGAAACACCAAAUGAAUCCACUUCUCCAAACACACCCGAGCCAGCGCCACGAGCAAGGAGGCGUGGUGCAAUGUCUGUGGACUCUAUUACAGAUCUUGAUGACAAUCAGUCAAGAUUGUUAGAGGCUUUACAGCUCUCUUUGCCUGCAGAAGCACAGAGCAAGAAAGAAAAAGCAAGAGAUAAGAAACUAAGUCUGAACCCUAUUUACAGGCAGGUUCCCCGGCUUGUAGAUAGUUGCUGUCAGCACUUGGAAAAGCAUGGUCUCCAGACAGUAGGAAUAUUCAGAGUUGGAAGCUCAAAAAAGAGAGUAAGACAGUUACGUGAAGAGUUUGACCGGGGCAUAGACGUUGUAUUAGACGAAGAGCACAGCAUUCAUGAUGUUGCUGCUUUGUUAAAAGAAUUUCUGCGUGACAUGCCUGACCCGCUUCUCACCAGAGAACUUUACACACCUUUCAUCAACACUCUCUUAUUAGAGCCAGAUGAACAGCUAAGCACCUUACAGCUUCUCAUUUAUCUUCUACCUCCCUGUAACUGCGAUACCCUGCACCGGCUGCUGCAGUUCCUUUCCACAGUGGCUGGUCAUGCAGAAGACACCACAGACAAAGAUGGCCAAGAGAUUACUGGGAACAAAAUGACAUCACUUAACCUGGCUACCAUCUUUGGCCCUAACUUGUUGCACAAGCAGAAAUCUACAGACAAAGAAUUCUCAGUUCAGAGCUCUGCUCGAGCUGAAGAGAGUACUGCUAUCAUAGCUGUUGUACAAAAGAUGAUUGAAAACUAUGAAGCCCUUUUCAUGGUUUCACCUGACCUUCAGAAUGAAGUGCUUAUUAGCCUGUUAGAGACUGAUCCAGAUGUUGUGGACUAUUUGUUGAGGAGGAAAGCUUCCCAGUCAUCGAGCCCUGAGAUGCUGCGAUCGGAAGGCUCCUACUCCACAGGAGGAAGACAUUCUUCCACAGACUCCAACAAAGCUUCAAGCGGAGAUGUCUCCCCAUACGACAACAACUCCCCGGUACUGUCUGAGCGCCCACUGAUGGCAAUGCAAGAAGAAGUUGCCCGCAGCCCAGAUAAGCUGUACAAGGUACCUGAACAGUACAUGCUGGUUGGACAUUUACAGCCUAAGACAAAGGAGAAUUCUUCUGCAUCACAGGCUGGAAAAGAUGUUUCUGAAGAUCAUUUUGAUAUCUGGGGUACCUGGCAUUCAACACUGAAAAGUGGCUGCAAAGAUUCAGCAGUGACAGGUUCUUACGGAAACAUCUAUGAAAGCAGCUUGUUGCGACCCGGACAGUGCUCUCUUUCUUAUGGGAACCUAGCCAUGUGCUCUCCUCGGGGUCAGGGCAGAUCCUCUGAAUUGGACACCAGCAGGCAGGUCAUGCGAAGGAGCCAGACAACUGCUGCCAUUCCUGAGUGUCAGCUUCAUCCCACGGUGUCUCGUGUAUGCAGUAACCCACAAAUUGAAGUCGGCAGUAGGAGUUCAGACCUGUCGCACUCAAAGUCAGAGCAGCACUUGACUUUAAGCAGCGUGGAGGACCUCACUGAGCGUGACUCGAAUGUGGUUUGUUCACAAAGCACAGCCAAGCCCUCCUGCAGAAAAGAGCGGCCACCACCCCCUUACCCAGGUGCAGCAAAACCAAGCUCCAUGUUCUCACAGCGAUCAGGUGUUUCUUCAACGUUGCACAAUUUGUGGAGACUUCAACGCCAGGAAAAAAGUUCAGGGACAAGAGCAGCUGGAGGACCAGCAGCCAAAACCCCUGACCAGGUCGCCCCCAGGCAGGAGCGGCCAGCCCCACACACCCAAGCGGGUCAUAUCUAUUCCACAGCACCUCACAGUCAGAACAGUAAAAACGUUUCAGAGGCAGACUGGCAUGACUGGCAAAGGGAAAGGUGGCAAAUUUGGGAGCUAUUAUCAGCUGAUAACCCUGAUGCCCUCCCAGAAACCCUUGUAUGAUCAGACUCUGCAGAACUGUCUCAGUACCUGGACCCCCCCGUCUCAUAGGAAAACAACAGUGACAUUGGAAAAUGGGGAGGCUUUCUUUGUUUUAUACCAACUGAAUUGCAUAUACUUUUUUUAAACUUUGUUCACUUUAUUUUCUUAACAGCACUGUCAAGCAGUCCAUUUACAAAUGCAGUAUGUUCCUGGUUUUCAGCAAGCUUUUGAGAUAAAACCAUGAAAAGAUGAAAAUUUUAGCCCAAUAACUCUGUUUGCGUAUGUUGUGUAUAAGAUAAAACUGUUGCUUUGAUGUUGCUAAAAUGUAUUUAUAUAUCUGCAGUUCUGAUGAUUGUAUAUUCUGUAAUGGGUUUUGUAUGAUAAUCAUGUGUUAUGUUUUCAUAUACAGAUGUCAAUCAAUCAUGACUGCUUUUUUUAAAAAGUCACUGCACUUACAUUACCGUGAUAUGCAUCGGAAUUCUAUAGAAAGUGCACAAGCUGGUUUCUGUGCUUAUAUAAAAAAAACCUGUUAAAGGGAGAAGUUGUCCUCCUUUUCACUGCCUAUUGAAAAACACUAAAAUAGAGUGGAACAUGAAAAGCCAUAUAUUUUAUAAGGGUAGUAGUGAGCUUAGAGGGGAAAAUACCAAAUAUUUUUUUCUUAUAAAUAUAUUUGCAAACAAAAUUAAAAUUUGAUACAAGAUUGUAAAAAUGUGUUGGGUUUUUUAUUUUCAGAUUCUGAUAGGAAGCAGCUCAGAGAAUCAACUAAGAGCAAGGCCGUGCCUAAACCAACUAAGGAUGUAGUGCAAAGGUCUGCCUGCCCUUCCAUUCUAGAGGAAAACCAAUGUUAUAUAUACAGGAUAUAAUAUAUAUAUUUAUAAAUGUAUGAUUUUAUGUAUUAUUCUAAAAUAAUAAACUGGAAUCCAAAUUUUAGAAAACCAAACCAAAUAAAUUGAGGUGUGGAACAACUGAGGAAGAAUAUGGCUUUUCGUUUGCAAUAACAAAGCUUCAGCAUUGAGAAAGUUAGAGAAAAAAAGAAAGACCUAUAAAAGGGAGUCACACACAGUUUCAGAAAAUAACAUGACGUUUGGAGAAGUUCACAGCUGCAUUUCAAUAAAUAUUGUGCCAAAUUCUGGGUCAACAGUACUUCCUCAAUAAUUGUAUGUUGCAUUGUUAAGUGUUGCUGUUUUAUACACGCUCUGGUGGUUUUAUAUUGCAAAAUUGUUUGUGGCCAGCAGGUGGCAAUGUACUUCAGUAUUUCCAGAGAAAAAUCUUUUUAUCACUUGAUAAGGGAAAGUGUAUCAUAGCAAAAUAAUUUUAUAAAACGUAUUAGUCUUAAUUUUAAUGAAGUUGAAGACUUAUUCAGCAAUGUUGUCUUUAAGUUCUAUCUUGUGCCAAACUGAUGGAAUAAAAUGUUAAGCAAAAUAAUGAGCAUAAUUUUUGCUCUUUUUUUUUUGAAGUAAGGUUUAUGUAAAAAUUGAUGCGGUUUUAUUACAUUCUUGAGUAUCUCCGUCAAAACCAG